AUGCCUCGAGAAGCUGAGAUAUCGCUCAAUGAGCGCGAGUUCAUAAAGCAGGCACUGCAAGAACAGAUACGAAUAGAUCGACGCGCUUUCGACGCCUUCCGCCCGCUCGAGCUCACUUUCGGCGACGAGUAUGGCGUCGCAGAUGUUCAGCUGGGAAAGACGAGAGUGAUUGCGCGCAUAUCAGUAGACGUGACGACACCACUACCCGAGCGCAAGUUCGAUGGCAUAUUUCAAAUCGUCACAGAGUUCUCCCCAAUGGCGUCGCCAGCAUUUGAAGUCGGCCGUCCUACUGAUGCCGAAGUCAUUCUCUCGCGCAUACUGGAGAAAGCCAUUCGUCGCUCAAACGCACUCGACACCGAAUCACUAUGCAUUAUUGCCGGCUCGAAAUGCUUCGCCCUCCGCGCCGACGUCCACAUCAUAGACCACGACGGUGGGCUGAUUGACGCAUCAUGCAUAGCUGUCAUGGCUGCACUCCAGCACUUCCGAAGACCCGAUGUAGUAGUCGAAGGCGAAAAGGCAACUAUCCUUAGCGUACGCGAUCGCGAACCAAUACCGUUGUCCAUCUUGCACCAGCCGCUCUGCGUAACCUUUUCAUACUUUGAGGACGAGAUAUUCUUGAUAGACGCCAAUUUGGCUGAAGAACAGGUCAGGCAAGGAGAAGUAAUUCUUACCAUGAACAAGCAUGGCGAGUUGUGCCAAAUCGCAAAGUAUGGGGGUGCUACCAUCAACCCGCUGGCUCUGCUGAAUUGUACAAACGUUGCGUUGGAAAAGGUCAAGGAGAUGAGCGCCUUCAUCCAGAAGAGGCUUGAAGAAGACGCCAAACAAAGAGACGCCGGAGGUCUCAUGGCAGAGCUCAGCGCAGAGAAUGCCAGAUGA